CGGCGGGGCUUACUUCCGAGAUAGACGCGGAAGUGUUAGAAAGCGCCGGCUGCCGGUUCUGCUGGAAAGUUUGUGACCCUGUAGUCCUCCUUGAGGACAUCCUGUAGAGCUAGUAUCGUGCAGGCCCUAUUUCGCCAGACUAGAGCAGACAAAGCCCGCGCUCUUCCCCGCCAGUAGGCCUCGGAGCUGAUGUCGGCCUCAUCCUGGAGUCCCCGUAGUGGGGCCAGACCAUGAGCCUCUGGUCUGCCUGGCCUCGUCGCCGCUGGCCCCGCUGCACUCCAGCAAGGCCAGGAUGAAAAAGCUCCCGAAGAAGAGCCAGAACGAGAAGUACCGGCUGAAGUACCUGCGGCUGCGAAAAGCGGCCAAGGCCACGGUGUUUGAAAAUGCUGCUAUUUGUGAUGAAAUUGCUCGUCUUGAGGAAAAAUUUCUUAAAGCAAAAGAAGAAAGAAGGUACUUGCUAAAGAAGCUCCUUCAACUUCAGGCUCUAACUGAAGGAGAAAUACAGGCUGCAGCUCCUUCCCACAGCUCCAGUUUGCCCCAGACUUAUGGUGUGGCCAGCUCUGUGGGAACUAUACAGGGAGCUGGACCCAUUUCUGGGCCCAGCACUGGGGCAGAGGAACCAUUUGGGAAGAAAUCCAAGAAGGAGAAAAAAGAAAAAGGCAAAGAGAACAGCAAACUGGAAGUUCUGAAGAAAACAUCCAAGAAAAAGAAAAUGGAGGGAGGUGCUCGCAAGCUGGUUCAGCCCAUUGCCCUGGAUCCCUCAGGACGGCCUGUGUUCCCCAUCGGACUAGGGGGUCUAACAGUAUAUAGCCUGGGGGAGAUCAUCACCGACCGACCUGGCUUCCAUGAUGAGAAUGCCAUCUACCCUGUGGGUUAUUGCAGUACUCGGGUGUAUGCCAGCAUGAAGUGCCCAGACCAGAAGUGUCUGUAUACCUGUCAGAUCAAGGAUGGUGGUGUGCAGCCUCAGUUUGAAAUCGUUCCUGAAGAUGACCCCCAGAAUGCUAUUGUUGGCUCUUCUGCAGAUGCUUGUCAUGCAGAACUGCUCAGGACCAUAAGUGCUACUAAGGGGGAAUUAAUGCCUAACCUGCUUCCAUCUGGAGCUGACUUUUUUGGAUUUUCUCAUCCAACUAUUCACAACCUGAUUCAGAGUUGUCCAGGAGCUCAAAAAUGUGUCAAUUACCAGUGGGUGAAAUUUGAUGUGUACAAACCUGGAGAGGGGCAGCUACCCCAGGGACUGCCAGAGAAUGAUGUAGCUGUGAGUUUUGAAGCCUUUCAGAGACAGACCUUUGAUGAAGAGCAUAAUGAUCCCAUUCUACCAGAUGUUGUUUUGAAGGUUAUUGUGCCAAAAUCUCAGAAGCCAAGAAAGAGAAAAGGAAAAAUUAUCCAUGACCUUUGCCUUCCCAAGAGGGAAAAACCUAGAGCUGAAAGAAGCAGCCUGAUUCACUGCUCCUCAUGGAACCCUGGAUCUUCACCAACGGAAAAGCGGUUCAGUGGUUUUUGGAAGUGGCUUGAAGGUGAAAGUGGUUUACUCCUAAACCAUCCCUUAUUUACCUACAUUUACUCUACAACCUGAAUUUCAAAUCCAAUACAACCAAAUAUGAAUACAAAAUAAGCCAAAUUUAAAUACUUUUCUUUCAAUAAAACUGCUCAUGCAAGUUACUUAGACUACACAUGCUGUGGCAGACACCCCUUAGGGUGACCUCCCUUCAAGAGAAAAGAGAGUCUACGAUUUACUUUCAGUCAACAGAAAACAGCAAAGAUGAGAUGUCACUAUUGUGAUUAUGUUAUAUAGAAAAGAUGAAGGGAUUUUGCAGAUGUGAUUAAAGUCCCUAAUCAGUUGACUUUCAAUGAAUAAAAGGGGAAAUUAUCCUGGGUAGGCCUGAUUUACCAAGGCCAUUACUAAAGGGUUCAGAGGUCAGAGAUUUGAAGCAGCAAGGAUGCUGCCAUGGAGUCUGCCCCUCAAGAAAUUAAUUCUGCCAAAAACCUAGAGGAGCUUGGACCUGGAUCACUCAAUAGUCACACCUCCAUUUGAGAACACAGCCUGGUCUUGACUUCAGCCUAGUGAAACCUGAGCUAAAAACAUAGUUAGACCAUGGCCAGACCACAGAAAUACAGAGAUUGUGAGAUAGUGAAGGUGUAUUAUUUUAAGCACCUAAGUUUGUGGUAAUUUAUUAUGCAAUAUUAAAAAAUUAGUAUGCAUGUCACCACUGCAA